AAUUUAAUUGAUGAAGAACAACAGCAUUCAUUUGAAAUGAAAACCAAGGUUUGAAAAACUAGCACGGCGGAUGCACUGUGUUUUUUUCACUUUACCCUCUCUGUACCCACCGGACAUUCUAAAACCGUUCCGAGUUUUAUUUCAAACAAACUAUGCUAUAAACAAAUGAUCCGAUAAGGAUAGGUUUACUGACACACAGAUCUAGUUGGAUUAAUCGAAUUAAGUAAUGUCUAUGGAUCAAUUCGAGUUGUAUUUCAGGCGAGCUGAUUUGGAUCAGGAUGGUCGGAUCAGUGGCCCUGAGGCCGUUGCUUUUCUCAAAGGCUCCAAUUUGCCCCAACCUGUCCUCGCUCAGAUAUGGACAUAUGCUGAUCAAAGUCGUACCGGCUUUCUCAGUCGCCAAGAAUUUUAUAAUGCUCUAAAGCUUGUUACGGUGGCACAAAAACGAGAGUUGACUCCAGAAAUUGUGAAGGCUGCGCUAUUCACUCCAGCUUCAGCCAAAAUUCCUCCUCCCCAAAUAAACCUUGCAGCCAUACCAGGUCCUCAACCAACUAAUAAGGCUGGUGCUGCAGUUCCUCCAGUUAGUGGUGCUACUCCAACAGCACCUCAAACUUUUGGCAUUAGGGGUCAACAAGGCUUACCAGCUCAGCAGAGUCAUUACGUUAGGCCUCCCAGGCCCUCAAAUCCUAGCCCUGGUUUUCAAUCUCAACCGAAUGUUUCUGGUCAAGGAAUGCUGGCUGGAAGUACUAUUGCAGCUUCUCGCCCUCCCAGUUCCACUGAUUUGCUUGCUGGACAGAAUGGUGGUUCACAAGCAGGUGCCAGUUCCCAAGCUUAUAAUACAAGUGUCAGUUCUAGAAGUGAGGAUGCAUUCGGUCUUGCUGUAUUGACACCUUCUGCACAACAAACCCAACUAGCAACCACGCCAUCAGUGCAACCAGAUCUAUCAAAAUCAAAUGAUGCAACUUUGUCGCAUGGUAACCUGCCUGAUGCCAAAGUUCCUAAACCCAUUCCAGUCGCUGGAAAUGGAUUGCCAUCGGAUUCACUAUUUGGAGAUGUUUUUUCAGUUGCAUCAGUUCAACCAAAGCAAAGCUCUGCACCCACUCUAUCUUCAGGUAGCAGCUUAGCAGUUCCAUUAGCCACAGACCGAGCAUCUACAGGGUCCCAACCUCCUGUAAAGGCUAACUCAGUUGAUUCACAGACUACACUUCCUCAACAGCCGGUGCACCAGCAUCAGCAAGCUCCUUUGACUGUGAGACCAAACCAACAGGUCCCAGUGCAGAGCUCUGCUGCAAAUCCUAGUGCAGCUAGAAAUUCUCUUCCCGGCCAGUCUCAGCUUCCGUGGCCAAGGAUUACGCAGUCCGACUAUCAGAAGUAUAGCAAAGUAUUUAUGGCAGUGGACACAGACAGAGAUGGAAAAAUUACUGGCGCAGAGGCACGGAGCUUGUUUCUCAGUUGGAAGCUGCCCCGAGAGGUCUUAAAACAGGUGUGGGAUUUAUCAGAUCAAGAUAAUGACAGCAUGCUUUCUUUGAGGGAAUUCUGCAUUGCACUCUACCUGAUGGAGCGACACAGGGAAGGUCGCCCUCUUCCAUCAGUCCUUCCAACUAAUCUGAUCUUUGACGCGUCACCAUUGCGUGCUUCUGGUCAGCCUACAGGAUCACAUGGUGUGACAGCUUGGAGAGACACACCAGGUUUACAGCAAACACAAGGGCCAAGUGGUGCACGACAAGCGGCUUCUGGUGCUCCAAGGAAGCCUCCACGUCCAGUACCCAUUCCCCAGCCUGAUGAAGAUGUGCAGCCUAGUAAACAGAAGCCCAAAGUUCCAGUAUUAGAGAAGCAUCUGAUUGACCAACUUAGCACAGAGGAACAGGGUUCAUUGAACACGAAGUUCCAGGAAGCAACUGAUGCAGAGAAGAAGGUCAUGGAACUGGAGAAGGAUAUUUUAGAUGCCAAAGAAAAAAUUCAGUUCUACCAUGCAAAGAUGCAAGAAAUAAUACUAUACAAAAGCCGAUGCGACAAUAGACUAAAUGAGAUCACCGAAAGAACUUCUGCUGACAAAAGAGAGGUCGAAUUACUGGCUAAAAAGUAUGAAGAGAAAUACAAGCAGACCGGAGAUGUUGCUUCCAAAUUGACCAUUGAGGAGGCCACAUUUCGGGAUAUUCAAGUGCUUCUGCAACUCUUUCUAGCCCUAUGCACUUAUACUAACUCUUAUGUUCUGCUAUUGUAUAGUAAAUUGUGCAAAUCUAGCAGAGGUUUUGUUGUGAUAUCGUGUUUUGCUGAAAAUUUGCAGGAGAAAAAAAUGGAGCUGUAUAAAACAGUUGUCAAAAUGGAUCAAGAUGGUAAAACCGAUGGUAUCCAGGACCGUGCUAAUCAGAUUCAGGCAGACCUCGAGGGGCUAGUAAAAGCUUUGAAUGAACGCUGCAAAACUUAUGGGCUACGGGCCAAACCAACUACUCUACUUGAGCUUCCAUUUGGUUGGCAACCUGGCAUCCAAGAGGGGGCAGCAGACUGGGAUGGAGAGUGGGAUAAGCUUGACGAUGAAGAAUUCACAUUUGUGAAAGAGCUCACCCUUGACGUACAAAAUGUCGUUGCCCCUCCUAAACCAAAAUCUUCACUGGUUCGGGAUAAAGCAUCUUCUUUGAAUGACCAUGAUACGGGGAAAUCAUCUGCUGAUGCUGACACUGAUACAAAGGCAGAGAAGUUGCCAAACCCUGUAAAAGCCAGAGAGAUGGCUGAUGCGGAGACUUCCCAUGCAGCAAGAAGUCCAACUGAUAGUCCAACAAGGAGUAAUGCAGUAAACAGCCCGUCAAAAGAAUUUGAAGAAUCACCAAAUAGGAAGGACAGUGCUUUUGAUGGUUCUCCCCAUGCUGCCCAAAGUGAACACUGGGGAGCUGAAUCUGUGUUCUCUGGGGACAAAAGUUUUGAUGAAUCUGGUUGGGGUACAUUUGAUAAAGACCGUGAUGCAGAUGCUGCAUGGGACUUCAAUUCUGGCGCUAAGGAUUCUCGUGAUGAGAAGCACAAGGAAACUUCUCUAUUUGACGAUGAUGACUGGGGCCUAAAGCCUAUAAAAACAGGCUCCACAAAUUCCAGCAACUCACUCCCGAAGCAAACCCCAUUUUUCGAUUCUGUUCCUAGCACCCCUAAUCACAAUACUGGGUUCAGUUACUCAGAGAACCAGUUCCCGAAGCAAAGCCCAUUCUUUGAUUCUGUUCCAAGCACACCAAGUUACAACUCUGGAUUCCCACAGGGAGACAACUUGUUCUCUAGGCAAAGUCCCUUCUUUGAUUCUGUUCCCAGCACACCAGCCUAUAACGCAGGUGGCUCCCCAGUUGCUGAUAACAUGUUCCAGAAAAGGAGUCUCUUUGCGGACUCGGUUCCAGGCACACCUAUGUCUGAAGAUCACUUGAACAGCUUUUCCAGAUAUGAUUCCUUCAACAUGCAUGAUGGUGGACUCUUUGGCAGUCGUGAGUUUUCAAGAUUUGAUUCCAUGCGCAGCACCAGAGAUUCUGAGUACGAUAAUGGUUCAUUCCAACAGCGUGAUUCCUUCACUAGGUUUGAUUCAUUCCGCAGCACAGCAGACUCUGAUUAUAAUUUUGGAGCCUUUCCCCCUCCCGAGUCACUAUCAAGGUUCGAUUCCUUCCGUAGCACCAGGGACACAGAUUACGGUCAUGGUUCCCCAUCUUUCGAUGAUGCAGAUCCAUUUGGGUCCCAUGAACGAUUUAAGACAUCAGUGGAGAGUAAGACACCAAAGAGAGAUUCUGAUAAUUGGAAAGCAUUCUAAUAUGGUAACGGAUUUCCUUACUCCGCAUGCGGUCUCUCUCUCUUUUCUUUUUCCCCUCCAUUUUAAACUGUUUUGGCCAGGUUUUUCGGUUUUAGGGAUAGUGAAUUGGUUGUGAUUAGAUAGUCUCUCUAUGUGGCAUGAGGUAGUGUUAGGAUAAGUUGUAUCUCUUGUAUUAUUCAUUAGCUGGUCUGUUCUUUCUUCUCUUUUUUUUUUUUUCUCGGCCCUGGGGGUGGCAUUUAUAUUUUUGACCUUUUCCUUUGUCGCAUUACUUAUUCAAGGUGAACAGAUUUGUGUUCCCCCCAUAUUCAAAAUUUCAAUGUAAAAAACUUGUAAAAUGGUCUCUUCAUUUUCUGUCA